UUUUUUUUAUUUGGAAUUUUCACAUUAAAAUACUAAAAAGCAGACAUCCUAUUUUUGAAUCGUCGGCCAGUUAGGGACUAAUUCCGGCUAUCGAAGAAUUAAAUUAAUUUAAAUCAUCCUCAAAAAUGUCGACCGCUCUACAGAAAGGUAUAGAGUUUGUGACAAAAGCAACAGAAGAAGAUAAGGUAAAAAAUUAUGAAGAAGCCCUGAAGCUAUAUGAACAUGGGGUGGAAUAUUUCCUACAUGCCAUUAAAUAUGAGGCCCACAAUGAAAAAGCCAAAGAAAACCUAAGAACCAAGUGCGGCCAGUACUUGGAGAGGGCAGAAAAGCUGAAAGAGUACAUCAGGAGUAAGGAGAAGAAACCUGUCAAGGCUAAUGGCGGCAAAAAGUCUGACAGCGACAGUGAUAGCGACUCCAAUGACGCCGAGAAGAAAAAAAUGAAGGGCAAGCUGUCAGGAGCCAUAGUUAUGGACAAGCCUAACAUUAAGUGGGAUGACGUAGCCGGGCUGGAAGGUGCUAAGGAGGCCCUGAAGGAAGCCGUCAUACUGCCAAUCAAGUUUCCACAUCUCUUUACUGGCAAGCGAAAGCCAUGGAAAGGGAUAUUACUUUUUGGACCGCCAGGUACCGGAAAGUCCUACCUGGCAAAGGCAGUGUCCACAGAGACUGGCAACUCUACUUUCUUCUCGAUAUCAUCAUCUGAUCUCAUGUCGAAAUGGCUUGGUGAGAGUGAGAAAUUAGUUAAAAACCUGUUUGAGUUGGCUCGCCAGCAUCGGCCAAGCAUCAUCUUCAUCGAUGAGGUUGACUCAAUGUGCUCCUCUAGGAAUGAUAACGACUCGGAGGCCAACAGAAGGAUCAAGACGGAGUUCCUCGUUCAAAUGCAAGGUCGGUUCUCAGGGGCAGACAUCAGUAUCGUCGUGAGGGAUGCAUUGAUGGAGCCUGUUAGAAAAGUACAGAGUGCCACACAUUUCAAAAAGGUUAGAGGUGAGAGCCCAAUAAAUAAAGGUGUCAUAGUUGAUGACCUAUUGACCCCAUGUUCUCCCGGUGACCCCGGCGCUAUUGAGAUGAGUUGGAUGGAUGUUCCUGGAGAGAAAUUGUUGGAGCCCAUUCUUAAUAUGUCUGACAUGAUGAGAUCAUUGCAGAAUUCCAAGCCAACAGUCAAUGAUGACGACCUAAAGAAGUUGAGGAAAUUCACUGAGGAAUUCGGACAAGAUGGAUGAAUUAUUAUAAAUAUAAUAAUUAUUAUUAUAUAGAUAUUUAUUUUUGCAAGUAAUAUUACGACAAUAAUUCAUAAUUUUUUUUUACAAAUUUGAUUAAUGUGUGUGUGAGUGUGUGUGUAUGUGUUUAGAUGUGUCUGAUGAUCUGGAAUUUGUAUAUUAUUAUUAUUAUUUUUAUAUUAUUAUUUAAAUAUUUUUUAAUAAUUUUAUCCUAUUUGUUGAAAUUUUGACUUUGGAAUAUCAUUGUAACUCAAAACAGUUUAAAAAAAACAUUCUGCCCAUAAAAAGUUCGAAAAUUUCUAUAAAAACUACACAAAUUUUCUGUUUGUAUCGUUAAAUUACAUUAUUUAUGUUAAAUUGUUGCUAUAAUUACAUCAAAUAGAUUAUUACAAUAAUUCGUAUUAUUAUUAUUUGUUGCCAUUUGAAAAAAU